GUCCGCGCUGUAUUGCGGUUUGUGCCGCUUCCGCAAGGUUUUCUGGCCUGUUGCAGCCAUGGUGCAUCGCAGUCGCGUGUUGUUCAGAAAGUAUGGAAAUUUCAUCGAUAACCUAAGACUCUUCACCAGGGGAGGAUGCGGUGGAAUGGGUUAUCCUCGUUUAGGUGGAGAAGGUGGAAAAGGUGGUGACGUCUGGGUUGUAGCCCAGAACAGAAUGACUUUAAAACAACUUAAAGACAAGUAUCCUCAGAAACGGUUUGUGGCUGGAGUAGGAGCAAACAGCAAAGUUAGUGCACUGAAAGGCUCCAAAGGAAAAGACUGUGAAAUCCCUGUGCCUGUGGGUAUUUCAGUAACUGACGAAAAUGGUAAAAUUAUAGGAGAACUCAAUAAAGAGAAUGACAGAAUUUUGGUAGCUCAAGGAGGUCUUGGUGGUAAAUUUCUUACAAAUUUCUUACCAUUGAAAGGCCAGAAACGAAUAAUUCACCUUGAUCUAAAACUUAUAGCUGAUGUAGGCCUAGUAGGAUUCCCAAAUGCUGGAAAAUCCUCUUUGCUAAGUUGUGUUUCUCAUGCAAAACCUGCAAUUGCAGAUUACGCAUUUACAACAUUAAAUCCUGAACUUGGAAAGAUAAUGUACAGUGAUUUCAAACAGAUAUCAGUAGCUGAUCUUCCGGGUUUAAUAGAAGGAGCACAUAUGAACAAAGGAAUGGGCCACAAAUUCCUCAAGCAUAUAGAAAGAACUAAACAACUACUUUUUGUUGUUGAUAUUUCUGGAUUUCAGCUUUCUUCUCACACUCAAUACAGAACAGCUUUUGAAACCAUAAUACUGCUUACAAAAGAGUUGGAAUUGUACAAAGAGGAACUUCAGACAAAACCUGCACUCUUGGCAGUUAAUAAAAUGGACUUGCCGGAUGCCCAACAUAAGUUCCAUGAAUUGAUGAGCCAGCUCCAGAAUCCUAAAGAUUUUCUGCAUUUAUUUGGAAAAAACAUGAUUCCAGAGAGGACUGUAGCGUUCCAACAUAUCAUCCCCAUAUCUGCAGUUACUGGAGAAGGAAUUGAAGAAUUAAAGAAUUGUAUAAGAAAGUCACUGGAGGAACAGGCCAACCAGGAAAAUGAUGCACAUCAUAAGAAACAAUUGCUUAAUUUGUGGAUUUCUGAUACAGUAUCUUCUAGUGAGCCACCAUCAAAGCAUGCUGUUACUACUUCCAAAAUGGCUUCCAGCAUGAUUGUAAGCUUCCUGAGGCCUCACCAGAAGCAGAUGCCAGCACUGUGCUUCGUAGAAAGUCUGCAGAAGCCCAGCCUCAGAUUUUUUUAAUAGUAAUUCAAGAACAGACUCACUAUUUUUCCCCUUUUCACUUCUCAACUAAUAGUGAUAAUAUACUUUGCAAUUACAUUUUCCAAUUUUGCAAUUAAUAGGUUUUUUUUAUUUCACAGAUUUUUUCUAAAAAAGUAUAUGGUGAGUAAUUUUUAUUAAUCUGUAUUGAAUUUAAGUCAUGGACUUGGAAAUGCUCUGGUGAGAUAUGACUAACAAAAAGGGAACAGUAUCUGCAAGUUAGUUUACAUUUUGGAGUUUAUGAAUUCUAUAAAGCUUAGAGAAGAUACAAAUAUUCAGAGAAGGGUGAAUGUAUAUAAGAUUUGGGUUAAAAGAAUAGUGUAAGGCCAUUCCAAGUUCAGGAAUACCUGACAUGAGCAUUUAGAGUAAGUCUUAGAGACAGAAAUCUAAAACAAGGAGAUUGCCCUGAGUUUAAUAGAGUUCUGAGCAAUGACAGCAACCUUUUAAGAAGGUCCACCACUUAAUACUUCCUGAUUUGGGGCACAUUAAUUACUGUGUAUCUCAGUUUCUCUGCUGGUAAUGUGGAGUUAUUGGAAUUAAAUAAUCUGUGAAAAAGAGCCCACUGCUUAGUAUGUAAUAAAGUUUUCUGUUUUAAAUUUAAAAUAAUAGGCUGGGCGCCAUGGCUCACACCUGUAACCACAGCACUUUGGGAGGCCAAGGUGGGCAGAUCACUCGAGGUCAGGAGUUUGAGACCAGCCUGGCCAACAUGGUAAAAUCUUAUCUCUACUAAAAAUACAAAAAUUAGCCAGGCAUGGUGGCACACACCUGUAAUCCCAGCUACUCAGUAGACUGAGGCAGGAGAAUCGCUUGAACCCGGAGGCGGAGGUUGCUGUGAGCAAAGACUGCGCCACUAAACUCCAGCCUGGGUGACGGAGCAAGACUCUGUCUCAAAAAAACAAAACAAAACAAAAAUGUUAAAUAAUAAUAAAUUAUUGGGUUUUCUAGUAUCUUAAAUUCACCAUUACUUAUGGAAAUUUUUGCACCCAUCUUGAUCUAAGGAGGUGAGGCCUUGAAUAAAAUUAUGAUAAUUAUUUGUAGUGAAUAAAGGGCAAGUGGGUAUUUCAAAGGAAGAAUCAAAAGAAUGUUUCCUCAGUAACUGACCCUAAUGAGUUGAAGAUACGUGAGCUCUCUGACCAAGAAUUAAAAGUAGUAGUUUUGAAGAGACUCAGGGAUCUCCGAGAUAACACAGAAAAGCAAUUCAGAAACUUAUCAAAUGUAACAAAGAUUUAAAUGUUAAAUCUUGGAACUGAGAAAUACAUUGGCUAAACUGAAAACUUAAGCAGAGUGGAUCAAGCAGAACAAUCAGUGAACUCUGGCUAUUUGAAAAUACACAGAGGAGAAAAAAAACAGUGAAAAGCCAUGAAGAUCACCUUUUGGGAGUAAAGAUAUCUGGGGAAAAAAUCACCUAGAAGAUAUAGAAAAUUACCUCCAAAGACCAAAUCUAAGAAUUAUUGGUGUUCAAGAGGGAGUUGAGCAAGAGCAGAGAUAGAAAACUUAUUCAAAUAAAUAAUAACAAAACUAGAGAAAGAGAGAAAUAUCCAGGUACCAGAAGGUUAGGGAACGAACACCAAACAGAUUCAAUACAAAAAAGAUUACCACAAGGCAUUAAUAAUCAAACUCUCAAAGGUCAAGGACAAAGAGAAUCCUAAAAGCAGCAGAAUAAAAUAAGCAAAUAACGUAAAGGAGUUCCAGUUCAUCUGGCAACAGACUUCUCAACAGAAACCAUAUAGGCCAGGAGGGAGUGCAAUGACAUUUUCAAAGUGCUGAAAGAAAAAAAGCCUGCCAUCCAAGUAUACUGGAACCAGAAGUAAUCCUUCAAAUAUGAAGGAGAUACAUGUCCUUUCCCAGACUACCACCAAAUCCAUCUUACAAGAAAUGCUGCCGGGCGCAGUGGCUCACUCCUGUAAUCCCAGCACUUUGGGAGGCCGAGGCGGGUGGAUCACGAGGUCAGGCGAUCGAGACCAUCCUGGAUAACACGGUGAAACCCCGUCUUUACUAAAAAUACAAAAAAUUAGCCGGGCGUGGUGGUGGGCGCCUGUAGUGGGAGGCUGAGGCAGGAGAAUGGCGUGAACCCGGGAGGCGGAGCUUGCAGUGAGCCGAGAUCGCGCCACUGCACUCCAGUCUGGGCUACAGAGCGAGACUCCGUCUCAAAAAAAAAAAAAAAAAAAAAAAAAAAAAAAAAAAAAAUGCUGAAGGAAGUUCUGCAGAAAAUACUAACCAUGCAGAAAAAAAAUCCAACACAUUUGAAGAUAUAAAAUCCACUGGUAAAAUUAAGUACACAGAUAAAUCCAGAAUAUGCUAGUGUUGUAAUUAUGGUGUGCAAUUUAUUUAUAACUCUAGUAUAAAGCCCAGAAGUCAACUAUAUCAAAAACAAUAAUAGCUACAGCAACCUGUUAAGAGGUAGGUAAUAUAAAAAUAGGUAAAUUGAGACAACUAAAAGUCAAAAUAUGUGGGACAGAGUUAAACUGUACAACUUUUUUUUUUCACUUUUUUUGUAAUCUAAGUUGUCAUCUCCUUAAAAUAACAUUUUUUUGUAAGCCUCAUGGUAAUCUCACACAACAACCUAUAAUAGAUUUAUUAAAAAUGAAAAACAACUAAUUAAAACAUACAAUGAGAGAAAAUCAUUUAACCAUAAAGGAAGACAGGAAGAAAGAGAGGACUUACAAAACAACCAGAAAACAAGCAAAAAAAUGGCAGUACUUACCAAAUAAUAACUCAAAGUAAAUAGAUUCAAUUUUCCAAUGAAAAGGCAUAGAGGGGCUGAAUGGAUAUGAAACAAAGUAUAUGCUGCCACUUCACCUAUGAGGACACACAUAGUGAAAGUGAUGGGGUGGAAAAAGAUAUUCCAUGUAGCUGGAAACCAAAAAAGAACAGGAGUAGCUAUACUUAAAUCAGAUAAAAUUGACUACAAAUAAAAGACUGAAAAGAGACAAAGAAGGUCACUAUAUAAUGAUAAAGAGAUCAAUUCAGCAAGAGGAUAUAACAUUACAAAUAUCUACACCCAACACGGAAGGUCCCAAAUAUAUAAAGCAAACAUUAAUAGAUCUAAAGGGAGAAAUGGACAACAAUACAAUAAUAGUAGGGGACUGUAACUCCCCACUCUCAGUAAUGAACAGAUCAUCCAGACAGAAAAUCAGCAAAGCAACAUUGGAGUGAAACUGCAAAUUAGGCCGAAAAAUGUAUCUGAUGAAGCAAUAUUGGCUGCCCUGGAGCCUCCAGAACUGAAAAAGAGCUGCAAGUGUGCGCUGCUAUGAACAUCUUUCCAAAGCCUUUUCUGCACAGCUGGUAUUGGCAUCAUACCAAAAGCAGUGUUUAUCAAAGUAGAGAUUAAAAAUCAAAAUUCAUUUUUGCGAUAAUGACAAAUGCCCUGGACUUACACACAUGCACUCGUGUGAGACAAGGCCCAUAGAUAUCCCCACCUUCCCUCUCCCAGUACUAGUUAAUUUUGAGUAAUUGUGUAUUGUCGGAAAAGUGAUCAGUAUUAGUUUUUGUUUUGUUGUUCCAAAAAAAAUUUUACUUUUUAAUUUAAUUUUUUGUUUAAAAGCAAGGCAUGCUGUGUUGACUCUGUAACAAAACAGACUAAUUUGAAUUGUUAAAACUGCUCCCUGGUUCUAUUCUGGAGAGUAAUCUGGGACAUUUUAGUGAGUUUUUCCCCCUCUUUUUUGGGAGGGGGAGUAUGGGUGGGGUUUGAUUUUUAGUCUUGUUUAUUUUAAUUAACCAAUGGACAGCCCUUAAGGGGAGGAGGACAAAUUGAUUCCACAUUCCACUUUUUAGAUCUCAUUUAGAAAACAUGUUCUCAAUCUGGUGCUCUUAGGAAGAAGUAUAGUAAAUGCUUCAUUUAAUAAUGUGCUACUUUUUGAAAGUUGCCUUUUCUCUCUACCCUUGAAUAGAUCCAGAAUCUGAUGAUACUCAUGAAAGUGCGUGGAACCUGUCUUGUCCCUCCUCUUUUCUAGUAUGCACUAUAUAUGUGACUGUGACUUUCAAAGACAUUUAUUUGCCAUUUCCUGAUUUGGGGGAAAAUUAAUUCCUAAUUUCUUUCACUAAUAAAUGAAGAAAAGUAUUGUACCUAUGAAAUACACUAACUGGAUUGAAUAUGUAAUUUUUUUUUUCUUUUUUUUUUUUGAGAUGGAGUCUCGCUUUGUUGCCAGGCUGGAGUGCAGUGGCACAAUCUUGGCUCACUGCAACCUCCGCCUCCCUGGUUCAAGCAAUUUUCCUGCCUCAGCCUCCCCAGUAGCUGGGACUACAGGUGCAUGCCAUCAUGCCCGGCUAAUUUUUGUAUUUUUAGUAGAGAUGGGGUUUCACUAUGUUGGCCAGGAUGGUCUCGAUCUCUUGACCUCAUGAUCCGCCUGCCUUGGCCUCCCAGAAUAUGUAUUUUAAAAUAAAUUUUUCCCUGUCAGUCAUUGUCUUACAUCCUUAGCAUAGAUUUGCAACUCAGUAGUGUAUUUUAUCCCUAGAAUGAAGCUGGAGACCUGGUAUGUACAGGAAAUAUGACAGGUGGUGCUAGAAGACAGACAUCUAUGGAAUGAUCCAUAUCCUUUCAAGUUAUGAGAAUGAAGGCCUACUUCAUUAAGAAGCUGGGGGUGAAGUGAGGGUGAGGAGAGCACUUAACAACAUUGGGACCAGUCAGGGAAUCCCCUUAUUUCUGUUUCACAUAUGAGGAACCCUAGAGCAGCUAGAUGAGGCUCUCUAGCUUAAUAAAAUCAUGGAAAGAGUCUUAUGAAGGCUCUUCAUAAGUGUUAACAGGGAUUUAUCAGCUUAUUUUUGUUGCAGUUCCCAAUUUCUAAAAAUGUUUAGGUAAUCUUUUCCUUUCCCCAACCCUAAUUCUUAUAGAUUCAUUAGUGUUGAACCAAUGCUUUCUCAUGUCUCAACUCUUUAUAUAUGCAUUCUUUUCAGAUGUAUUACAUUAAAAAAGCCCUACACACACACACACACACACACGACUGAACCAUGAAGAAAUAGCCUCAAUAAACCAAUAAUGAGUAAAAAAAAAAGUCUCCCAUCAAUAAAUAAAAAAUAAGCCCAGGAUCUGAUGGCUUCACUGCUGAAUUCUACUCAACAUUUCAAGAACUAACACCAAUUCUACUCAAACUCUUCAAAAAGAUUGAAGACGAGAGAAAACAUCCAAACCCAUUUUAUGAAGCCAGAAUUACCGUGAUACCAAAACCAGACAAGGGCAGAAUGAAACAAGAAAACUAUAGGCCAAUAUCACUAAUGAACAUACAUGUAAAAAUUCUCAACAAAUUUUGAGAUACUAGCAAACCAAAUUCAACAAUAUGUUAAAGACUGGGUGCAGUGGCUCACGCCUGUAAUUCCAGCACUUUGGGAGGCUGAGGCAGGAAGACCACUUGAGGUCAGGAGUUCAAGACUAGCUUGGCCAACAUGGCGAAAACCCAUCUCUACUAAAAUACAAAAAUCAGAUGCACAUGGUUGCGCAUGCCUGUAAUCCCAGCUACUCAGGAGGCUAAGGCAGGAGAACCACUUGAACCAGGGAGGUGGAGGUUGCCAUGAGCCAAGAUCAUGCCACUGCACUCCAGACUGGGUGACAGAGCAAGACUCUUUCUCCAACAAAACAUUAUAAAGAUCACUCACCAUAAUCAAGUGGGAUUCAUUACAGGGAAGCAAGGAUGGUUCAACAUAUGCAAAUCAAUAAAUAUGAUAUAUCACAUUAACAGAACCAAGAACAAAAACCAUGAUUAUUUAAAUAGAUGCUAAACAAGCGCUUGAUAAAAUCCACAUCCCUUUUUGAUAAAAAAAAACCCUCAUCAAAUUGGGUAUAGAAGGAACAUACCUCAAAAUAAUAAAGGCCGUGUAUGACAAACCCAUAGCUAACAUCAUACUGAACAGGGAAAUACUGAAGGCCUUUCCUCUAAGAUCUAGAACAUGACAAGGAUUCCCACUUUCACCACUUUUAUUCAAUAUAGUACUGGAAGUCCUAGCCAGAGCAAUUAUGCAAAAGAAAGAAAGAGCAUCUAAAUUGGAAAUGAAGAAGUCAAAUUAGCCUUGUUUACAGAUGACAUGAUGUUUUACUUAGAAAAAUCCACCAAAAAACUAUUAGAACUGAUAAACAAAUUUAGUAAAGAUGCAAGAUACAAAAUUAACAUACAAAAAUCAGUAGCAUGUAUAUAUGCCAAAAGCAAACAAUCGAAAAAGAAAUCAAGAAUGGAAUUUUAUUUAUAAUAGCUCCAAAGAAUAUAAAACACUUAGCAAUUAAUUUAACCAAAGAUGUGAAAGAGCCAUACAAGGAAAACUAUAAAACACUGAUGAAAGAAAUUGAAGAGGAUACACAAAAAAUGGGAAGAUAUUCCAUGUUCAUGGAUUGAAAAAUUAAUAUUGUGAACAUGACACUAACCUCGGCUAUUGACAGAUUCAGUGCAAUCCCUAUCAAAAUAUUAAUGACAUUUUUCACAGAAAUUUUAACAAAUUCUAAAAUAUAUAUGAAACCACGAAAGACCCUGAAUAGCCAAAGCAAUCCUGAGCAAAAAGACCGCAGCUGGAGAUAUCACACUACCUGACUUCAAAAUUUACUAUAAAGGCACAGUAAUCAACACAGCAUGGUACUGGCUUAAAAAACAGACAGAGGCCAAUGGAACAGAAUAAACAACCCAGACAUAAACCCAUGCAUUUACAGCCAGUUUGUCUUUGACAAAGGCACCAAGAACAUACAAUGGGGAAAGGACAGUCUCUUCAAUAAAUGAUGCCAGAAAAUUGGAUAUCCAUAUGUUGAAGAAUGAAACUAGACCUCUAUCUCUCACAAUACACAAAAAUCAAAUAUAAAUGGAUUAAAGACAAACCUAAAACCUGAAACUAUGAAACUACUAGAAGAAAACAUUAGAGAAACCCUCCAGGACAUUGGUCUGGGCAAGGAUUUUUUGUGUAAGACCUUAAAAGCACAAGCAAUGGAAGCAAAGAUAAAUAGGAUUAUAUCAAGCUAAAAAGCUCUGCACAGCAAAAGAAACAAUCAACAAAGUGAAGAGACAACACACAGAGUGGGAGAAAAUAUUUGUGAUCUACCUAUCUGACAAGGGAUUAAUAACGAGAACAUAUAAGGAGCUUAAACAAUAGCAAACACACAUACACACACACAAAUAACCUGAUUAAAAUAUGGGCAAAAGAUCUGAGUAGACAUUUCUCAAAAGAAGACAUGCAAAUGGCCAACAGGUAUAUGAAAAAAUGCUCAAUAUCACUACUCAUUAGAGAAAUGCAAAUCAAAACUACAAUAUCCCUCCCCAGUUAAAAUGACUUUUAUCUAAAAGGCAAUAAUAGAUGCUGGCAAGGAUGAGGCAAAAGGGAAACGCUUGUACACUGUUGAUGGGGAUGCAAAUUAGUACAGCCACUGUGGAGAAUAGUAUAGAGGUUUCCAAACAACCUAGAAAUAGUACUACCAUAUGAUCCAGCAGUUUCACUACUGGGUGUAUAUCCAAAAGAAAGGAAAUCAAUAUAUUGGCAAAACAUCAAUACACUUAUGUGUAUUGUAGCACUAUUCACAAUGGUCAAAAUAUGAAAUCAACCUAAAUGCCCAUCAGUGGAUGAAUGGAUAAAGAAAAUGUGCUAUAUUUACACAAUGGAACAUUAUUCAACUAUUACAAAAGAAUGAAAUCUUGUCUUUUGCAGCAACAUGGAUGGAACUAGAAGUCAUUAUGUUACGUGAAAUAAGGCAAGCACAGAAAGACAACACAGGUCACUCGUGGGACAAAAAAAUUGAAUCUCAUGAAAAUAGAGAGUAGGCCGGUGGUCAUCAGAGAACGGGAAGGGUAGGGUGGAAGAGGGGUUUGAAAAGAAGUUGAUUGAUGGGUACAAAUAUAUGGUUUGAUAGAAGAACUGAGAACUAAUGUUAGAUCAGUAUGGUGACUAUAGUUUACAGUAAUGUGUUGUAUAUCUCAAAAUAGCUAGAAGAGAAUUCAAAUGGUUUUAGCAUAAAGAAAAGACAAAUAUUUAAGGUGAUGAAUAUCCCAGGUACACUGAUUUGAUCUUUACAAAUUAUAUGAAUGUAUUAUAUGAUCAUAUCUACUUCUAAACACUAUGUACAUCUAUCGCACAUUAGUUGAAAAGGGAAAAAAAGCCCUGCUGACAUCCUGAUUUUAGCACAGUGAGACCUGUGUCAGACUUUUGACCUCCAGAAUUGUAAGAUAAUAAAUUUAUUGUGUUUUAA